AUGGAAGGAGAUAACACUGAACAAACACCGGAUUAUACCUACCUAAUCACAAAUUUUGAAAAUCUGCCACCAUACCAAACACAAGAGGGUUUUGAGGUUACAAAUUUUGAAUUGAAAGCGUUUGUGAAUGUCGAUAGUAAAAGAGAAGCAGAUGAAUGGCUUCUAUUGCAUUGUAUCUAUAGCAAUCAAGUUAAGAAAAAGCAAGGAAACCGUGAAGUAAAACGUCCAAAUUCAUCUCGUGCUCAAAAUAUAGGUUGUACAGCAACCAUAUACCUUCGAUUAGAGCUCUGUGAAGAAUUUUUAAAAUUAUUUAAUGAUAGUCAUUCUUCGUCUUUAGCAUUACAUGUUUAUAAAGAUAAUCUUCAUCUUAAUGCUUCAGAUGAACAGGAAUUAUUGGAAACUUUAGCAGAUCGAGCUAAAAAUCCAGCAGAAUUGGUUCAAGAUUAUAAUGAUAAAGGACAAGGGAAAGCUGUUUUACAAGAAUAUGAUACACACGCUGGCAAAGCCUUUAUCCUUUGCAUUAUAACAAGUUUAAUGUGCAGAGUUCACGAAAAGGUCUUACAAGCAGGUGAAUUAUGCUAUGUAAAUGCUUUGGCAUCAUUUGAUUCUCUCAAUUCUUCGAUUAUAUUACUUUAUACAAGUUGCACAGUCAGAGCUCUUCCACUUGGCUUGUUUGUCACUUCGGACGAACUUGAAAUCACUUUAAAGAAAGCAAUGAAUCUACUUAAAACAGUUCUUCCACCAUAUGCUUUCUUCAGACGCGGACCUCAGAUUGGACUGAUGGUUUUUUUAACCAACGAUUCAAGUGCAGAGCGUAAUGCACUGGAACUAUGUUGGCCAAAAGGGAUUCACCUUUUGUGUACUUUUCAUUUUCUUCAGGCAUUUUGGAGGUGGUUAUAUGAUUCAAAACAUAAAGUUAAUAAAGAAGACCAAGUGCCUAUAAUGGAAAAAGCAAGAAAAAUUUUGUAUGCAUUAUCAGGUUCGGAAAUGAAAAUACAUUAUGAAGAAUUUAAGCAGAAAUUUUAUAAUCACCCACAACUGCGGAGUCAUUUUGAGCUUUUGUGGAAGCAUCGCCAAUUUUGGGCUUUGUCAUUUCAUUUAAACUUACCUAUGUGUGGUAAUAAUACAAAUAAUUAUAUAGAGCGAAGCUUUGGUAUAAUGAAAGAUAUUAUUUUUGCAAGUACAAAAGCUUACAACCCAAUACAAAUUUUUCAAUUUAUAAUCAUAACUAUGGAAAGGUUUUUUGAAAGGAGAGUGCUUAAAAUUGCACAUAAGCAUGUAGGACAUUUACGUAUUGCCAAACGAUUCUUGUAUCCCAAUUGGGAAACAAUAAAUAUGGAUGCAAUUCAAAAGACUUGUGUGGAUAAUGAGUUUUUGGUACUGAGUAUAAAAGAUGCAAACACUUUUUAUAUCGUAAAUAGUGAGAUUGGAGUAUGUUCUUGUCCUGUUGGAAUGACCGGUACGCCCUGUAAACAUCAAGGGGCAGUAUCAAUGAAGUAUCAUCUUUCAAAUUUUAAUUUUAUUCUGUCGUUGACGUUAAAUGAUCGUAUAACCUAUGCAUAUAUAGCACUCGCGUUACGAACUGCGCUAAACAAGUUUAAAGACCGGUAUAAUGCUGCAAAAUCAAAGUCAAUACUUCAGUUGUUUUCAUUACUUUACGAUCUCAAUCAUGAUCUAGACCCGAUAGUUCAUAUCAAAAGUAGUGCACACAUAAGGGUUCAAGUAGAAUCAAUUAAAAGACGCAAAAUGGAAGGUGGUAGUUCUAAACAAAGGUUACCUGUUCUUAUAAAUAAAGAUAAAGAAAAUUUAGAUCCUCAUGCUAUUCCUGUUCGGAAAAAGAGGAAAACAGCCAAAAAAGAGCAUAAUUUAUGCAAGAAUAUAUUGAGCAAUCGUCCAAAUUGA